AUCUAACUUACUUAUCAGGUGCCAACUUAACACACACAUGUGCAAAAUAUGUCGAGGGGGCACUCAAACAAGUUAUGUGGACCUUGCACCAAAGAAAUUGCCGUGAAACUAACCCAAGAAAAAGGCAAAGCGCAAUUUCCUGAUGGAAACUGAGCCGAAAUAAGAGAACAUGGCAUUUGCAGUUAGGGCUUUAUGGGCAGUGAGAAAGAGUUGCAGAGGAAGUCCUCGCCGUUAUUGUUUCAGCAAACAUGCGCAUUCAAAUUCAAAUUCACAUUCAAAUUCAAAUCCCCUUCUCUUGAAAUUGCUUCAGGUUCCGAACUCGCACAUUAAAACGACGCUGGAUCAGGAAAUGGCUUCCCUUCAAAGCUCGCAACGUUCUUGGGACUUCCUUAUUACCUCUCUCUCCCCUUCUUCCUCCGACAAAGCUCGAUUGAUUUUGGAAUGGAUUUUGGAGAAGAUGCUGAAAGAAAAUGAGAAAGAUCGAGAUCUCUUCUCUGAACUCAUCUUUCUAUGUGGAAAAGUGAAGGACGUGAUGCUAGGAAUGCGUGUGUUUAGUUCUAUGGAGGCUACUGGAGUUAAACCCAAUUCACUAGUUUUCAAUUCCCUUAUAAGUGUUUGUUUGUCUUCCCAUGAUAUUGUUACAGCAGUUAGUUUAUUUGAGAUCAUGGAGAGUUCAGAGAGCUAUAAACCUGAUUUUCACACUUAUAAUAUCUUUAUUUCAGCAUUUUCCAAGUCAGGGAAUGUUGAUGCCAUGUUAGCUUGGUACUCAGCGAAGAAGGCUGCCAGACUUGGUCCUGAUCUUCAAAUGUUUGAAUCCCUCAUAUCAGGCUGUGUUAAUUCUAGAAAGUUUAAGAUUGCUGAUAGAAUUUUUGAAGAAAUGAUGAUUUCUGGAAUUGUUCCUAGUGCUUCCAUAAUUGAAAGUAUGCUUAAUGGGAUUUGCAAGCAAAAGAGAUUGGGUCGGGCAGAGGAGUUUUUCACGUUUGCGAUGGAUUCUGGAUGGGAAAUAAAUGAGAACAUGGUUGAUAAGUUAGUAGCUAUGUAUCUUCAACUAGGGAAAGCGGAAGAAAUGGAAGGUCUACUUAAAACUAUGAUGAAGCCCUGUGUUACUACUACUGGUGUUCUCACACGAAUUCAUUGUGGGAUUGUGAAGAUGUAUGCAAUGGUAGAUAGAUUGGAUGAUAUAGAGUUUGCUGUGGGUAGAAUGCUUAAACAAGGGUUGUCAUUCACAAGUGCAGAUGAUGUUGAAAAGGUCAUCUGCUCAUACUUUAGAAGGGAAGCUUAUGAUAGGCUAGACAUAUUCUUGGAAUGUUUAAAGAGAUGCUAUGUCCUUAAUAAAUCAACAUAUGAUUUGUUGAUAUCUGGCUAUAAAAGAGCACGCUUGCUUGAAAAAGUAGAAAGGGUGAUGGAAGACAUGAAAUCAGCAGGAUUAGUUUAAUGUUUGGUGUGACGAUUACGGAUAAGCUCCAUGACAUUUGCACCAAGCAGCAAUAUUGAAUAUACCAUCAAAUGAAUUCUGAAAGUUCAGUGUCAUUUUACCAUUUCUCCCUCUCUAUCAAGCUAACAACGGGAUUGAGGAAGGGUUGUUAUGUCAAAUUUAGGCUUCUGUAUAAUUGACACAGGCCAUGCAAUUUUGACUGUUAAUGUGACUUCAACAACCUCGUGUAUUUUUUGUUUUUUUCUUUUUGUAUUUUUUGGGGGUAGUGAUUUCACAUUGCAAAACUGAAAUAAUGAUGGAGAGAAAUUCCUAAUUUAUUUUAUAACAAAAAGCAUGUAGUUGGAUGUUUGGUAUACAUGUUUCAUUGCCCCUUCGAUUU